AUGUCUUCUCAUUCCUCGCAUAUCGAUUCUAACAGUCCCCGUGCAAUAUUGUCGUCGUCGGAGCCAUCUGAAGUCCCAACAGAACCUCUACCUGACGGGCAUCCCGACAAGCUUUCGUUGGAGGAAGUAUACGUGCUUGCCAUUCUAGUCCUCCUACACAUCGAUGGACGUGCCACGAUGGCGACAGAGCUCGGACCUUCAGACACUCAAGAGCCACAGCGUCCUGGCGAUGAUGUGGACGUGAAGCAAGAUGCGCACCCACCUCGUGCCGCUUCUCUGCGGACCAUCCAGAGAGACUUCACGAGCUUCACCGUCCCUCCUCCCCUGGGGAGGCCAAAUGCGGUACCUACAAAUAGGAUUGAAGUGUUUGCGUUGCCACCAACGAAGGAGGGUACUCCGACUGUGGCCUACUUAGGACCGGACCGUGGUACAACCACUGCCGCUGAAGCAGGGCGGAGCUCACAUGCAAGCCCAUUAGGCGAGGAAGAGAGCUAUUCUCAUGAUGAAGACAAGAGUACUAGUUCCUUGGACGUAGAUGGACCAUCCUCCAUCUUGGUGCCCGCACGUCAAGGUUGGACUGUGGCACCAAUGGGGCAUCAGUGGGCCACUGGUGUCCCAAGGCCUCUGGUCCUGCCGGCUGGAUAUCCACUCCCGUGGCAAGAUAUCGGCUUCUAUCAUGCCCCUCCGAGGCCUUAUAGCGCAACAGAUGUCGACCCGAUUCCUAGUAUUCCUGUCCCUGCUACCGCAUCAGCCCCGAUGCCUACUUACGUCCAUGGUACCCAAGGAUACCAUCUACCACCAGAGUUCGCUAUCUUACUUUCGUUAGCUUCAACCGCAUCGCCACAGGGACAUCCGACACAAGGUGCUCCGUCCUUUUCCCGCAAGCGCAAACAAUUUGAUAUCGAGAACGCCCCCCCUCUAGACGUCGCUCCUUCGUUGAUUUCUGGCUCUACGGAUUCUGAUUCUGGCGAGACAGAGACAGUUACAUGUUACUGGGCGGGCUGCGGACAGGACUUUCAAAUCAGCUGCCGGAACGAUCUUGCUGACCAUUUGAAGGGCCCGGCCCAUGAUUUGUGCCUCAAGGGCUCACAUCGAGUGUUCUGCCAAUGGGAGGGGUGCACAUCUCGUAGCCAUAACCGUGUUGUACUGAGCGAUGGACAGCAGGACAUCAAGGGGCAGUUGUGCGACGAGAAACCACCUGUCGGGGUCGUUGGUCCCAGAGGUGUAAUCCGGCAACCCGCCCAGAUGCAAGCGGAUAAUCUACUGCGACAUGUCUACGGGCAUGUCUAUCGAUUCCCGUGUCCUGCAUAUGGCUGCAAUUUGCUUUACCGCAGAGCAGAUGCUGCCACACGCCAUUUCCAAGAAAAACAUCUUGGUCGUAAAGAGAAGAAGACUCGCAUAAAAUAG